GGCUGCACCGUCAUUCUCAUCAUCGUUUCGAACGAGUAAGAGCUGUGAGUAGAGAGACGAUUAUCGAAAAUGCCACCAAAGACUAGUGGAAAAGCAGUUAAAAAAGCUGGUAAAGCUCAAAAAAAUAUCAGUAAAGCUGAUAAAAAAAAGAAACGCAGAAGGAAGGAAAGUUACGCUAUUUACAUUUAUAAAGUUCUUAAACAAGUACAUCCAGAUACUGGUAUUUCUAGUAAAGCUAUGAGCAUUAUGAACAGUUUUGUGAAUGAUGUAUUUGAACGCAUUGCGGCUGAAGCAUCUCGCUUGGCACAUUAUAACAAAAGAUCAACGAUUACUUCUCGAGAAAUUCAAACUGCUGUACGUUUGCUUCUUCCUGGUGAGUUAGCCAAGCAUGCUGUCAGUGAAGGAACUAAAGCCGUUACCAAAUAUACUAGCUCUAAAUAAGCAAAUGACCACACAACCUGCCCUUUUUAGGGCGACAAAGAUUUAAUACAUAGGAAUCUCUCGUUCUUCAUAUUUUGUUCUUUAAGUAAAUAUUAUUCUAUAGUUAAUAUAUUUACAAUCUUGUAAAUUACUACAUUCAUAAAAAAAUCUCAAACAUCAUGUCUUUAAAUAAAAAGAAAAAA